AGAGAAAGAGAGAAAGAGAAAGAACGAGAGAGAGACAACGCUAACGUGGUCCGUCGGGCGCCGCUGAGGGCCUGCAUUCCGAGCCUGUCCUUCCCCGCAGCGCUAAUCAUGCGGAGGUUCUUCCUGUGGCUCGUCCUGCUGUUCCUGGGCCUGGUGUGUGUGGCUGCCAGGCUGAAGGACCCCUACAGCAUCCUCGGGCUCCAGAAGAAGGCCGAGGGACAGGAGAUCAAGAAAGCUUAUAAGAAACUGGCCAAGUUGUGGCAUCCAGAUAAAAAUGAAUCGCCAGAUGCAGAGAAGAAAUUUAUUGAAAUCAAUCAAGCUUAUGAGCUGCUGAUGGACCCUGAGAGGAGGAGAUUAUACGACACGACGGGCCAGACGGAGGAGCAGCCGAACUUCCGCAAACAGCAUGAUUACUCUUCGUAUAGACGAUUCGAUCCGUUUGACGAUAUAUUCAGUAGUUUCGGCAGUGGUUUCCGAUUCAAUUUCAAACACGGAGAUGGAAUCAAUAUAUUUAAAAAACAGUCUAUUACAUUCAAGUCUUACCAAAACUCGAUAAUCCUCCUCAGCAAGAAACAGCCGUACCUGAUACUCUUUUAUUCUGACUGGUGCUUAGCCUGCGCACACAUAGAACCAAUUUGGCGGAGAUUAUAUGAAGAAUUGGAGCCCAUUAAUUUCGGCAUGGCUACAGUUCAUGCAGGCCAUGAGACAGAACUGGCCAGAAAAAUAGGUGUUAAAACAGUGCCAUACCUCAUUAUGCUUCUUGAUGGUCAUCCCUACCAUUAUACAGAACCAUCACUUAGUAUGGUAUCGUCCUUAGAUUUUAUACGAAGCAAAUUCCCCCAUAAGUUAGUGCAGCGCAUAACAGAAGAGAAUCUCGAAACGUUCCUGAAUGGAUGGAUGGAUAAUAAGGUCCGAGUGUUGAUAUUUGGCCGUUUAGACAUCAUCAGACUGCGGUACCUAACAGUCGGAUGGGAGUUUAGAGAGCGCGCAGUAAUCGGGUAUGUUCAGAUGGACCGUGCAGACACAGACAGCAUUCGCACGCGUUUCAGCGUAUCCAACAAAGUGGACACGCUUUUGGUAUUCCACGAGGAUAUGCAUGCUCCUGUUGCUUCUGCUGCCAUGACUGACCUGCCAUAUCCUACGAUGAAGGACAUUAUUGAAGGGAACAAAUUCCUGGUCCUGCCUCGUCUCUCUUCCCAGUCUGUCUUUGACGCACUCUGCCCUGUGGAAAAUGUGCGUUCUCGCCGUCGUUUGUGUGUGGUUCUAGUGACCCAGGAUGACCCAGCUCACGACCCCAGUAGAGCAGCGCUGCGUGAAUAUGCCUCAGGUGACCAGGCCAGAGAGAGGGACCGUGUUCGUUACACUUACAUCUUUAGAGAAAAGCAAGUGGAAUUCAUGAAUGCUCUUACAGCAGGCUCAGGUUCGCCCGUUGAAACGAAUCACCACAUUGUCAUUCUGUGGAGGAAGGACCAGAAUCACCUGAAGUACGAGUGGCUGGAAGGGGGCUGGGAAGUGGAGCCCGAGAAGCAUAACACAUCAAGGGAAGUAUUGAAGGAAACGGUGCAAAGAUUACUUCAUUCCAACCAGCCCAUGACCUAUGAAACUGUUGUGCAGGAAUUGUUUGAUGAACAUGCACAGGGCAUUGUUUGGCGAAUCAUAAAUAAACUAGUUUCAGUCCAAGAUUAUUUGAGAGAUAACAUAACGCAAGAUGAUAUUGUACCAGCUGUGUCUAUCUUCUUUACUGUACUAUUUAUAGUGGCAGGAGGAUAUGUAAUGUCAUACUUGGUGAAACUUGAGGAGGAGAGAAUUUCUGGCUCACAGACUACCUUUGUGGAUCAGAAUGGUAAAAUCACGCCUAUACCUCAGCUGCGUAUCCACGAACUGCGCGGGGAAACUUACAAUGGUCUUAUUCGCUUGUUGAAGCCAGGCUGUAGAACCAUUGUGGUCCUGUGUGACCCAAAGACUAAGCCCAAACUGAUGCCAAAAUUCCACAAAGCCUGUUGGCCGUACAGGAAGAACAAAACCCUCAUGUUUGCCUUCCUGAACAUUGAGAGAGCAUCUGCCAUGGAGUGGUAUAAACGCAUAUUGGUCUUAGGGCUUCCAGAACCCCGAGAUUUAAACAUUAAUCCCAAAAACACCAUUGGAACUGUGAUUGCUCUCAAUGGCCACAGGAAAUAUUACUGUCUGUACCAUGCUAAGCAUCCAGAGAGCAUAUUUGGGACUGCUCCAAGUCCUGGAGCACCGGAAACUGAAAACUUACGACGGAGACAUGGACAUUCGAGCAUCAGUGGCGACUUCAUGGGCUUCAGCGACAAUGAUUCCGAGUCGGACUCUGAUGUGGAGGCAGGAGAUGCUAGGAAGGAUUCUGUUGCAUCAGAUAAACCUUUACUCAAUUACUACAGUAAUAUACUCUUUGAGGACCAACUUCUUGAAGAUCUCAGUAACUGGUUGGAUCGCCUCUUUGAAGGAACAACUCAUCGUUACCACAUCAAUUACUGGCCAGAUUGGCCUGGCAAAUAAAUAUGCAUAUUGUGUAUGACUGACUCUAGGGUUGUAAAUCACUAUUCAUAUAUUGUGCUAUAGUCCAGCUAUAUCCCAGAAUAUAAACAUUAUUAUAGAAUUAAGAGGAGAGAUGUUACCAAAAUAUUAUAACGUGAAAGGUUACUACUUUAAGUUUCCAUUCUAUCAGUGAAAGAAAUGUUAUGAGAAUGAAGAUAGGUAUUAAUUUCCUUUCAUGACUGUGGAAGUAAUCUUCUGUUAAAAGAUCUGGAUAACUCUUUAUGAUCUUUAGUAUUAGGAUCUGUGAAUUACAUUUUUUUUUCUUUUUCUUGUUUAAAAAAAAUGUUGCAUGUUCCAGUAUGUGUCAAGUAAAUACAUAUUGGCAUUAUACCCAAUAAUUCCCUGAUAUAAUGUAGCUGCAUAUCUUGUUCUAAUGGAAGAUUUAGUGUUAAGAAAUGAGGUCAAGGCACCAGACAUUUUCAUGAGGAAUAUGAUGUUAUUCCUUCUUACUCACACUGCCUAAAUCUGCCUGAAACAGCAUCUCAUGAACACAAUGAUAAUCAGAACUGAGAUUCUCAAAAGGUCGUAAUGCCCAUACAUUUAUUUUUUCGUAUUUAGUACCAUAAAUAAGGAUGGGGACAUUUUCAAAGCAUUACUGAUUAAAUGUAGUUAAACUUUAAUAAAAUUACUUACAUUGGAUAAUACUACAUCGUCAAUGUACAGGAAGAAAGGCUAACUUGUGGUGUAUAAUGAUGUAUGUUUUACAUGAUUAGAAAGUAUUACAAGGUAAAUGUGUUUAGAACUACUUGUAUGCACAUCAGGGUAAUGAUAAAUUUUGUUUACUUAAGGUCACAUAAAGGGGCUUUCAGAGGUCCAUGCAUUGAUGUACAAUGUACAGUACAGUUUUCCUAAAGUUUUAAAAAUAUAAUUCACAUUUGCCAUAGAAGCAACUAAGUUUUAUGUGGUGUACUCUUCACAUAUGCAUUUUUAUAUUAUAGUACUCUACAUAGAAAUUUGACUGUUCUAUUUCUGGAGGUCACAGAGUUUGAGCUUUGUUUAAGUGUACAGUAUUACGAUAUUUUGAAAAAAACAGGCACUGCUUAUAUGCUCAUACCUGAAGUUUGUUGUACUAGUCAUAUGUUUUGUUCAGAACC